UUGUUGCAGUAAAGAGAUCUGUCGCUAGGGGUCGAUGUUUAGCGGUGAAAGGGUUUUUCAGCUGUUUUCCGGUGACAGCAGGGGAAUGACAACACCGACUGUCACGGCCCUUCUUCCAUUCAAGCAGACUGCAAAACAUCGACAAAACAGGAAGCUGUCUGCCAUUGGACUUCGGGGUCUGUGUUUGGGGAAUUUAUUCUUUAUGUGCCACUGGGAGCAGCAGCAUGGCAGAUGACAAGGACGUGUUGAGAGACGUUUGGUUCGGCCGGAUCCCCACCUGCUUCACUCUGAACCAGGAUGAGGUUACUGAGAGAGAGGCCGAGCCCUACUAUUUGCUUCUACCCAGGGUGAGCUACCUGACUCUGGUUACAGACAAGGUGAAGAAACACUUCCACAAAGUGAUGAGGGCCGAGGACGUGGAGGAGAUGUGGUUUGAGUAUGAAGGGACGCCACUGAAAUGGCACUAUCCAAUUGGAGUUCUGUUUGACCUCCAUGCCUCCAACACUGUCUUACCCUGGAGCAUCACUGUGCACUUUAAGAAUUUUCCAGAUCAUGACCUGCUCCACUGCCCGUCCAACUCUGUGAUCGAGGCUCACUUCAUGUCCAGCAUCAAGGAGGCCGACGCCCUCAAGCACAAGAGCCAAGUCGUGAACGACAUGCAGAAGAAAGAUCACAAACAGCUGUGGAUGGGCCUGCAGAACGAUAAGUUUGACCAGUUUUGGGCCAUGAACAGGAAGCUAAUGGAAUAUCCCACCGAGGAGGGAGGCUUCAGAUACAUUCCCUUCAGGAUAUACCAGACGAUGAGCGACAGGCCGUUCAUCCAGAAACUGUUUCGCCCCGUGUCACCUGAAGGCAACGUGCAUACACUUGGCGACCUGCUGAAAGAGAUGUACCCAGCUGCUAUACCAAACGACGGCUCCCUGAAUGUCACUGAAUCGUCAGAAAUCUCCUCUUUGCAAAUCACACAACCCCAGAAGGUCGAGAGGGCUGAGAAAGUUGCUGCUCGUAACGGACGAUUUGCGGUCGUGGCCUUUCAGCAUGUGGGCGGGGUGAGCAGAAGCGUUACCAGGUGGUGAUCCACGGUAUCGAACCGCUGCUGGAGACUCCUCUGCAGUGGCUCAGCGAACACCUCAGCCACCCUGACAACUUCCUGCACAUCUGUGUCAUCCCCACCCCCACUGACUGAGGCCACGCCUACCACUCCUCACUGUCACCGUGACAGCCGACCGACCAACCAGCCGAUCCGCCAGCCGGCUGGGUAACUCCGGAAAUGGUAGCUCUAAACGGUGGAAACUCUGAACUAACAGACUCUUUAACGAGAAGGAUAUCAGAAUCUUGUCGAUAAAGACGAACAAAGGAUGUGAAGGAGGUAUUUAACAAACCUCCUUUUCCAUCUUGUUGUCUAUUUUAUAUUUCUACUCCUCCCACCACUACUACUACUCCUCUUUUCCCCUCAAAACUUGUUUAUAGGACGUGAGGAUGAAAAGAUCUUCUCUUCCUCCUCUGCUCCCAAAAGAAAAGACAUUUCUUUUGGUGAAGAGGCGGUUAAAUGAGCAGAGGAUCUCUUCUUUUUCUACUCUACUAUCUUGCAUCUUCUCCUCCACCUCCUCCUCUUCUACUCCUCUCUGAACAAACAAACAUCUCCAUGGGAGGAGAGGAGGUGAAUGGAUCCCUCGUUUUCCAAUCCUGCCAUAUAUCUUCCUCCUUGUCCAGUCCAAGACAAAGACUGUCCUGUUGACAGGGAGAAAGGAUUGUUUGGGAUUUGGGGGGAGGCGUAUCCAGUCCUGCUGAAGUUACCACAUUCAUGCAUUUUCAUUGUCCCUGCAAAAACGUCUGGACACACAAAGUUACUCUGAGUUUACAUCACAGCCUGCAAACAUUAGCAUCUCCAAAAACUCCCCAGGAACUUCUGGUGGUCUGCUUUUGACUUUUUACAGAGGAUUUUCUGUUGGUUAGGUUUGCGUGCAUUAACAUUUGGCUUCAUUUGACAAAGUGAGCUGAAAAAAAGAAGAGGACAAGCUAUUUUGGAGCUCUGAGGCCAGUGACUGACACAUUUGGUUUCUCGCACUGAUCCCAGCACACUUGGGGUCCGGUUUGAACUGAGCGUCUGGUGCCACUGGUGAGAUAAAUAUCUAAUUUUGAGUUAUUUGAAAAAGCAACCUAACAAGCAGACAGAAUGUCCAAGUAUCAUCACCCGGUACUGUUCCUGAAUUAGCAUUAAAUUUCAGCUUUAACUCAAAAACAAUGUAAUUAAUGUUUGUUUAUUUUCAUUUUUCAUCUUCACCUUAACGAGAAAUUACAGUUUCAAACAAGUUGAAGACAGAUGGCGAUGCAGGAUUUUCACAGGGUGUCUUUUGAGAGUGAACAAGCUAUUAAUGAGGCUAAAGCAUUUUGUUUGACGGUCAUGGGAAAAAAGUCCACAUGUUUUCAAUAGCAGGUGUUGAUUUCUCUCCAUCAAUACAACACAGUUAAGCUGUUUUACUGUCUGUUUUUGUCAGAUUCGGCCCGAGGCUCUUUGUCUGCUGCCAAACUUAAAUGACCAUCUGGUUUUGUUUCAUUUUAGAACUCAGCUUAGAUAAUGAGACAGCAGGCUACUGGGGGCCACAGUUGUUUGACAUGUCUUACAUAUGCUUUCAUUGUCAAAUUGCAGUUUUUGGACAGAAACAAAACUGGCAAAAGCAUAUAUGACUUUUGUCAGAACACUAACUUUAGUUCAUGGCUGCCCAGAUCGAAUUACUUGACUACUAGAUGGUGAGACCAUAAUCAAUCAUGGGUUUUUUUUGCAUCGUAUAGCAGCAUUUUGUCUUGUUUUUACAUCUUUUCAUACUGAAAUACAUUUUUUAUUAAAUCAUUCAGCUGACACUGUUAUCCCGAAUUGCUUAAAAUAAAAGUGAGUUGAUUCAAAUA